GUUUGCUGUGGUUUACCACAAUAAUCUAUAGUUGUAAGGGGCGACAAGACAAGACAAGACAAGACAAGACAAGAGUUGUGCGUUUGAACAAAGCUUCAAUGGCUGAACCAGACCCAGAACCACUGCCUGAAGGUUGGGAGGAGGCACAGGAUGAUAAUGGACGUACCUACUAUCUAGACCACACUUCCAGACGUUCACAAUGGGAUCGACCAAUCAGUGAACAGGACACACGGCAAAGUGUUCAGGAGCAGCUGGCCAGGGAUCUGUGGGAGGCUGUAGACAAUAAGGAUGUCAGCAAAGUGAGGUCCGUUUUGGGACAGGGGGCCAACCCCAAUCACCAGCUCUACUGGAGUAAGGAGUGGAGUGCCAAGUAUGGACGCCCUCCAGUACACCAAGCAUGCGUGAGGGGCUACCUGGAGAUCACUAGAGCACUCGUUAGUGGUGGAGCUGAUAUUGAGAAAUUGAGUGGUGGAGUAUUAUUGACUGCAUUUUACUAUGCGUGUUGGAGAGGACAUAUGGAGAUUAUGGUGUACCUGUCGCAAGAGGUGAAGUGUCGUAUUGAUGUGAGGGACAAGAGCAACCGAACACCACUGCAUAAUGCUUGUGUGGGAGGACGUAUACAAGUUGUAAAAUACCUUGUGGAGGUACUCAAGGUUGAUGUUGAUGUGACUGAUGAUGCUGGCAGGACUCCUCUUGACUGGGCAGUACUGUAUAGUCGCACUGAAGUUGUUGAAUAUCUCCAGUCUCUGCAGCCCUCCACUCCUGAACCAGAUGGUGGAGGAGCAGAACAUCCUGACGAGUUUUCUCUUGAACCUGGACAGAUUAUGGAGGUGAUAGCAGAAGAGGAGGAGGGAUGGAGGCUCAACAAUAAGGAGGGGGUCUUCCCAAGUACCCUUAUAGAAUCCACUCCGGUACCAGCCGAGCCUCCACCAGAACCAGGCACUCCAUUGACUGAGGAAGACUCUGAUGCUCUAGAAAAGCUGCUCCUAGACAACAAAAUCUCUUUGACUGGUGAAAGGACAUAUGAGGCAGUUGAACGCCACCUUCGUGAGCUCGGACACGAAGAACUAGCUGCCAACCUGAGGGCAAACCUCGACAAAGUUAUCAAAUCGCAGCGACGAUACCUCAAUAGACUCAUGACUCUAAUGGUCGAUAAAGAAACAAUCGAUAUAUGCACUCUGAAACUGUGUCUCGUUGGUCCGCCUCACGUUGGGAAAACAACCACACUCAAUCGUCUACUGCAAGUGUACGAAAACAUUCAAUCAGCUGGAGACAAGGCGAAACAUGCAAGCACUCUACUAGCUACAUGCAUCCAGGUUAUGGCGUUGAUUAAUGAAGAUGAGUGGAUAUCUUCCAAGAAUGUUGAUGAAGAAGCCAAGAUGAUAUUUGGUUAUCUAUGUGGCAAUUUAACUCUCGAUGAAAUAGAUAUACCCAAGGAGGAAACGACAAAGGCAGAAAGUGGUCAAAGAUUGGUAGCACAUUCUAGUGAUGAACACACCGCCCCCAUCAUCAGCCGGAGUGAAGAAACAGAAGUCAACACACAAACCGUACAAGAUGCCACACCUACUGACUCUGAGGAUAAAGCCGCUGUAGCCCACCAAAACAAACUAGCACAAGUAAUUCUUCGACUACAAAAACUGAUAAAGAGCGGAAACUACUCCAAAAUGGCCAAAUGUCUUGGGAACACCUUGCUAAACAUCAACGAUGUCGGAGGCCAACCAGAAUUCCUAGAAAUGCUACCAGCCCUAAGCAAUGGUCCUGCCAUGUAUCUAGUGUUCUUGGAUCUGAGCAAGGAACUUGACAAGCCCUACAAUAUUCCCUUCAGUCGAGACGGCAAAGUCAUUACUCCUUAUAAAUCAAUGCACACAGUGAAAACCGCAGUCUCUCAAAUCCUCUCAUCCAUUGCUAGCGUGCGUCACAUGUCGGAAAUUUCAAAGCCUCUCUUAAAAACUCCUCAGUUGAAAGACAAAUUUGAAGCUUUUCUCACUGUCCCUCCAGUGGCAGCCCUAAUAGGCACCCACAAAGAUAAGCUUGGUGGAGACUCAACAGAUGGUCCAGAAAAAGAACGAUUGACCAGAGACAAAAUGGUGGAGAUAAACGCAGCAUUGAAGCCCAUCACCAAAACUUUCGAGAACAUUUUAGUUUUUCCUAAGUGUGGUGAACUAGAACAUUCUGUGACUGGUUUAAUUAAGAACUAGAACAUUCCGUGGUAAAGGACCAGAACUUUAUGUGUUAAGAACCUUCCAGAGGUUCAGUAUUCUAGAACUUUGUGGGUGUUGUAGAACAAUCUAGAUCUUUGGUGCAUGUGUCUGUAUAAAAUAGCUAGAGAAGGAGUUAUG